CUAUUCAUCUUGACCGUGUACAUUGGCCAAAAUGCCAAAUACAGUCAAUUUGGUUCUCUUGAGUGUUUGUAUUAUUUAGCUCGUGUUAACAAAUUUGAAUAUUUAUAUUUGGUAAAGUUACAUUCUGCAAUUUGUUUGUUCUAACGCACAUCGAUCUUGCGGAUUGCCAGUCGCAAUGAAUGAGCUCAGGUGCAAGCAGAAGGAAAACUUUACCAGCUACGUAAAAGAGGAUUUGUAUGAUAGAGUUUCUUCAGAUCAUCUAAACCCGAAAUUGCUUUCAGGUGAAAUCGAAGCCGCCAGAGUUAAUAAUGUGUCUUUAUAUACAACGUAUUGUACAAAGGAUAAUAAGUACAUCGACGAAAAAGAAGGAGCAUUAAUAAUAACCAAUUUUCGGCUGUCUUUUCUGUGUGAUGAAUGUGAAAAUGAGCAGCUCGUAGCGUAUCAAAAGAAUAUGUUUCUUGGAAAAUAUGAUAUUUCUCUAUCCAACAUAGAUAGAAUAUAUCAAGUUACAGAGAAAAAAUGGCGAUUGGUGAGCCCGCAGAUGAAAAAUAGCAGCAAGAUCGAGGUUCUAAAAGUUGUGUGCAAGAACUUUCGAACGCUCACGUUAGGAUUUAGGAAGGCUGGAAUUGGCAAAGGAAAGUAUAUCGCAGAUGCUUUAGUGAAAUUUGCAUUCCCUGCUAAGCAUAAUCUAUUGUUUUUGUACAAUUAUAAGGAAAAGUAUUACAAUUCAAUGCGUUCAGUAUGUAUGUUCAAUAAGUUGAGCGACUGGCAAAAUGAAGUUCAGCGCUGUGGAGCUGAAGCUGGUUGGAAAGUUGUUUCAAAAGAUAAAAUGGACAUCGAUAGCACAUUACCUAUGCACUAUGUUGUACCGAAACAUAUGUCCGAUUUAGAAUAUUUCCAAAUUUCCAAGAGCUUUCGAAAUUGUCGUUCAGCUAUUUGGGUUUGGAGCAUAGGAAGUGCUGCCUUGGUGCGUAUGGCCGAACUCAGUCCAGAAAUCGCCAGUUUUACUAUAGAAAAUACAAUGCUUGAGCACGUUCGGAAGUGUGAUCCGUUAAAAAAGGCCCCACAUUUAAUGGAGCUAUCAAAAUUGCUACCAAGUAUCCAGGAAGUGAAUUUGAGCUACCUCAAGCUUCGAAAACUGUGCAUUCCUGAAAAUGAUCAUGAAUUCAUGGCGCAAGACUCCAGGUUUCUUUCGCUGCUUGAUAAAACCUACUGGUUACUGUACGUGUCGGUAUGUCUUAAGCAAUCGGUAGGAGCCGCUAAAAUGCUAAUGAGUGGAUGCACCGUCGUGUUACAGGAGAUUAACGGUCGUGAUAUGUGUAGUGUUAUAGCUAGUUUAGUUCAACUGUUACUAGAUAGUAGCUUUCGUACAAUUGAUGGGUUCCAAACAUUGAUACAAAAAGAAUGGAUUAGUUUGGGCCAUCCGUUCAGUGAUCGUAUUGGUCACGUUUGCAGUGGCAACUCAGCAGAACGCAGCCCGUUAUUUCUUCUUUUCCUAGACUGCGUAUGGCAAUUAUUACAGCAGUUUCCAGAAGAAUUUGAAUUUUCUGAAACUUUUCUGACGAGUAUUUGGGACAGCGUGUUUCUUCCUAUUUUUGAUACAUUCCAAUUCAAUAGCGAAACGGAACGUCAAAUCGCACGGCUGAAUGAUCGCAUAAUUCUCAGAUCAACAUGGGAUUGGGGUGAACAGUUUAGUGAUAAAGAUAUCGCCCUUUUUGCAAAUCCUUUAUACAGAAAACCACCAGAUACAGAGUAUGCACAUAGACGCAAACUACGAUUACCACCGUCGGCGUAUCGUCUUCCCUGCAUGGAUGGAAACAACAGUUUUACCACUAACAAUUUUGUUGGAGUAUCAAAUAAUGACGUAACCGCGCCCCGAUUACAGUGUGUUUUCCUAGAACCGCAGUAUGCUUUACGAAACAUUGAAGUUUGGCAUCAAUGUUACUAUCGUUGGAUUCCAUUUCUGGAAAUAAAGAACGGCGGAUACCCGCAGGUUGACCUCUUCAACAGAUCCGUUCUAAACAAUAUAUACAAACUGCAGAAAAUGCUUCAAACUGGAGACACAUCAGCAUCAAGUGAAGAAAUACUAUUGGAAUCUGGAGUUGGCACAAACAUCGAAAAUAAAACAAACGAAUUUGAGCCUAUCGAAAAUACAUUGCCGAUCAUCAACUCGUUCUUUCCAUUUACAAGCAAUGCGACAAACACAGAAAAACUGCUUGAUGUCCUGGUUACCAAUGGAGAUUUCCUAAACGACGGGUCAAUUGUUGAUUGCGCUUCAAUAAAUUAUUGAUUUAGAAAUUAUUUAUUUCUCGAGCAUGCAAGAUGCAAAAAUAGAAUGACACUGAAAAUUAUUUUUAUUUAAGAAUCAUUGUUAACUAUGCAUUAAAACGUUUUAGAAACACAACCACUCAAACAUGUAAAUAAGUUAAAAAAUAUCAUCAAAUAAAAAGUCGGUUGAAUUAUUA